UAUUAACCCUGUGAAUGCUUAGACGCUUCAUUCACUAUUGAAAAAAAUUCAAUUAAACACAGUAGGGGCUAUAAACGAAACGGAAAAAAUAUAAAUAUUACUUUUGCAAAAGAAAAAAAUGGACAAUUAUAGAUGAAUGGUUUAUUUUGUUAUUGUCUGCCUAUAAAUCAAACGGAAUGACGUAGAUGGGAAAAUCAUAUGAACAGCAACAGAUGUCUAACUAAAACUACAAUAUAACAGGGAAGGUUAUGAUUUUAACAAUGAAUGGAUACAUGCCAUCCCAGAUGGUAGUGAAAAAUAUUGGAAGACGCAAUCUUUCGAAAUGAAAAGUAUGAUGUUUUGAAAAUUCUUAGUUUGGAUAUAGCCGUCGGUUCCGAUGGUUGUUACAAUAGAAAAUGUUCCAAAUGAAAUUUUGGUUGCAAUAUUUAGAUUUUUACAACCAAUAGAUGACGUAUUACCGGCACUUGCGUUAGUUUGCCGGAAGUGGCACGACGUUUUGUAUUUCUACGGAUCGCUAUGGAAGACCAUUAUCAUAGAUCCAACAUUCUACAAACAAUGGCAUUUUAAAAUGGUAGUUUGCCUAUUUCGUCUGUAUGGACACCAUAUACAAAAAUUAAUUUGGCGGGAAAAUACAUCGGUUUAUGAAGCAAUUUUUUCUUGCGUCCCUCUUUUGAAAAACCUUAGAGUUUUAAGGAUUCCUGUUUUGUGGACUAAAAGAGUGAUAGACACAUGUUGUGCUUUACCAAAUUUGGAGAAAAUUUAUAUAAAUGGAGGCUAUUCGUUAACAGAUUCGCAACUUAUGGACAUUGCACGACGUUUGCCGGCACUGAAGUCAGUUACACUAAACGCAUGCUGGAAUAUUACUAUCGAUGGCAUCCGAUCUAUUUUACCUCUAUUAAAUUCACUGGAAGAUGUACAUAUCAAGAUUAAUUCUAAUUUGCAACUGGAAAACGGCCGGAGCGAGACGGCAAUUAGACAGGGUUUCGAAAUAUUUAAUGGUUUAAAGUUCGAGCCACUGUGUAACCUUGUUACCGUGCUAUGUGUGCACUUCAUUUCCAUGGAAAUGGAGGACCUUUGGGAAAUUGUAAACAAACUGAAAGUGCUCCGUAAACUAAGCAUCAGCAAUUGUGAGCAAUUACACGGUGUAAGACUAAUGUCUGCCAGCCUGCAGAAAUUUUACAUUUUUAACGUAUGGAGCACGACUUUCAUCAGCAUUUACGCGCCAAAACUACGUCACGUGAUAAUUGAUUAUGGGAUGGAGUCCUUGGAACAUGUCGAAAUUAUCGCGCAAACCCUUCGACGCGCAUGCGUCAACGGCUCAAACAGCCUACGCACCUUGAAAAUCAAAAGUGAAAAACUUUCAUUGCUAGAGAUAUCACAGUGUGACGUCAUUGAUAUGAAAUCAUUCAAAGACACACUUCGUUCAAAUACCGGUCUUAAAUGCCUCAGACUUGGAUGCAUUUCUCAAGAUAGUCUUACAUUGGAUGAAUAUAUGGUUCCAAGCGUAGAAGAACUUUGCUUGCUUGGUGACUUUGAUUGUGAAACAUUGCAUGUACGAAGUCCGUCCAUACGGUAUCUGCACACAGAAGCGGAAGAAGAUAUCAUCACACUGAACCAUAUGUACAUAACAGCAAACCAUCUGUGUAAAGUGGUCAUGGUCGGUUUACCUGCACUGAAGACAGUGACUAUACAAUGUGUCAGUGUAGAUUGCAUAGAGAUGAAUUUAUGCAGUGAUGAUCAGCUUAACCUACAGUCCUGUGUAAUACACGCGUUAAAUGCUAUAGGAUUUCUUCGCCUAUUUGAUUGCAAAUUUAGCCUUUUGUCCAUCUGUACCCGGCUGGCAAAGACAGUUGUACUUUACCGUUGUCAAAUGACAGAUUACGUCCUGCAGAUGGCUCUAUCCGGUUGCCCAAACGUAGCUCAUCUUAAUCUCGAAAAAUGCCGCGAGAUUAGUACGGUAAACAUUACAACACAACCGCUAAAGUACCUGAAUUUGUUUGACUGUUCAACUAUAAAGAAACUUCAUCUUAACUGUCCUGAGUUGACAGCGGUUAAUCUUGGACACUGUUGCAAUCUACGUUUAUUCGUUAUGGGAAUAGAACAAUGCUUAGACAAAUUGAAAAUCCCAUUUGAAGUAGUACUUCCAUCAGAACACGUCCGUUGGAGCCAUGACUUUCCACCAGUGGAUUACUUGUGUUGAAAAUAUAUUCCCCUUAACAUGUAUAUUUAAUUUACGCAAACUGAACUGUUGUCUACAAAUGUAAAACAGUGUGACACUGGUAAAAGUGAACCUGAUACAUCAAACUUAUUGUGUUUCUUUAACAUGUGGUAUACUGAUAUUUAAUAAAGAUAUAAUUAAGCACAGGAACUGGCUCUUAUUCAUUUCUUUAGACUGGUGUUUAUGAUGUAUGAUGUAUUUGUGACACAGCUCGCCAUAGACGUGAUGAUCUAAUGCAUUCAGAAUAGAGAAAAAAAUAUGAAUCUAUUCAUAAUUAAACAUAUCUAAGGAGUAGUGUUUUAAAAAGAUUUUUCAAACAAAAAUGUUAAAUAAGUGGGAACACACUUAAAGAAACAAAGGAAAAUGAUACUCAUGGCUAUUUUAAGCUAUUUUAAGUCUAAGUGUCCAACUUUACCCCACCUACCCCUGUUUUAGAAAGAACUAGAAUAUCAAUGUUACAGUGUCUGUUGGUAGAUUUCUAUCUGUCCUGUGUUGUUUAUGAAUGAAAUACGUGGGAGAAUUCUACAGCUGUUAUAAUAUACAACAGAUGCUCGACAAUGACGUAGCAAAAUAUAAACCAAUAUAUGUAAUGAUACAAAUAUAUGCAUGAUACGACAUACUGUUACCUAACAGGCAACCAUGCACUUUAAUCCUAUAUGUUCACGGUUGAUAGUAUAGACACAGUAAC